AUGUUUUUCCUCUAUAACAUGGAGCGCAGGGUCACCCUGCACCCGUCGUACUUCGGCCGUAACAUGCACGACCUGGUGACGAGCAAGCUUCUCAAGGACGUCGAGGGUACCUGCUCGGGAAACUACUACAUCAUAUCCAUCAUGGACACGUUUGACAUAUCCGAGGGUCGUAUCCUGCCGGGUACGGGGCUGGCAGAGUUCACAGUUGGAUACCGUGCCGUCGUGUGGAGGCCGUUCAAGGGCGAGACGUUGAUCCCCAAUGAUAUCCAGUGGGAUCCCAACGCGACGCCUCCCCAGUACACCAACAACGAGGAUACCGUCAUCGAGCCGGGCACCCACGUCCGCGUCAAGAUUCUGGGUACCAGGAGCGAAGUUGGCGAGAUGUGGGCGAUUGGCAGCAUCAAGGAGGAUUACCUCGGAUGCCUGCAGGAUUAA